AUGAAGCGAAAGCUGUCGCAAAUCAGCAAGGUCAAGCCGAAAGCCGAUCACGGGCAGAGCGCGGAGCUGGAUACCAGCGCGGACGACCCGAGCCGGGAAUUCUUCCACAGCGAGGACUCGCCGCGCGAGGCUGCUGGCGGAACGCCCGCCGCAGGCUCCGCGGUCGUCCUGAAGUCCGCGCUGAAAGGCGGAAAAGGGGGCGAGAAAGGGGGGAAAGAUGGCGUGGGGAAGGGCAAGGGGAAGGCGGUGGGGUUUGCGGAGGCGGAUCAGGGGGAGGAGGGCGGAGAGGCGGAGCUGAGAACGGGCGCAAGAGAGGUGCGCCUACCGACUGUUGCGGAGGGCGCUGGCGCAGAUUCCGCGGAGCCAGGCGGGCUAUUGGACCGCUUCACACCUGAGCAGAUGAACCGCUACGAGGCGUAUCGACGGUCAGGAUUCAAGCAGGCCAGCAUGCGACGGCUGGUGCACGGGGUGGCGGGCAGCACAGUGAGUCCGCAGCUUGGGAUCGUGAUGGCGGGCGUGGCGAAGCUCAUGGUGGGCGAACUCGUGGAGACGGCCCGGCUGGUGAUGGGGGAGAGGGGCGACGAGGGGCCCAUCAGGCCCACGCACAUCCGCGAGGCGUAUCGACGGCUCAAGAUGGAGAAGCGGGUGCCCGUGCGAUCUCGACCGCCGCUUUUCCGGUGA